AUGAUGACUCCACGCUCCUUCCUGCUGGCCCAGCGCCAGUGCCAAACCCAGUGCCAAACCCAGUAUCAGCGCCAGCGCCCUCCCUCAGCUCCUUCCGCGAGUAAUCACAAUACGGCUUUAUCUAUUCCGACUCCCUCUUUAUCUCCCGCCCUCACUCCCACUCCCUCCCGUUCUCCCUCCCCUUCACCCUCGUCUUUGUCCUUGUCCUCUUCCAUUCCUUUACAUACUUCGCAUCCUCCUCGAUAUUCGCCCUCCUCUUUCUCCUCUGUAAACUACGCCUACACCGACGACUCGUAUACAGCAUCUCGACCAUCCUCUUCGGCGACUGGCACAACCGCAACCACGACGCCGACGCCGACCACAUUCACCCUCCCGCGCUGGUCGCCCAAGUAUGACGAUAGCAAGAACGACAUUACAGUCACCAUCACGCCAGUACAACCAAUAUCCGAUGCAACAAUGGGCAAACGCAAGGACCGGCGGGAGACCUCUAGUCUCUCCCCUUCCAGCCCUCCUACUACAACUACGAGUUUGACGACAAGGCCGACAACUCCGACGAGCCCGGUCAAGAUUCCCUCCGCCAGCAACAACCGCCAUGGAACCCACCCCCAGAAGCGUCACACAUCUCAGCGCCGACGGCCCCGUGAUUCGCGCUCAUCGGAGACAAUGUCGCCUUCGCUUGCCGCUCUGUUGGCUGUGACAGAUAUUCCCCGGCCAAGACAACUUCAGCGCCGCCGCCGCAGCGAAAAGACCAUGACUGUGGAAGAGGUCAUCGACUGCCAGCAGGCGUCCGAGAAGGAGCUGAGCUGGUCAUUUAGCCGCAGCCCUCUCGACAUGCUGCUCUCGCCUCCUCAUGAGAUUGCCGAUGACGACGAUAGCGUUAGUGACUGCAACAUCGGGUCCGGCAUGUCAACUAGGACUUACUCUGUCGACUCGAUUCCUUCUCUUGAUGAGUCUUUCACCAGCGACUGCCUCUCAUCUCUGGACAGCCCUAGGACACCAAGCCUCUGCUCACGGAGGACGAGGUUUACUCCCAUGCGAAAGUCACUGGAGCCUAUUAUCUCACCACCUGGAUCCGUGGACGAGCACCCCCUGGCUGGAGAUGACGCCGAUGUUGAUGAGAUGGACAUCAUCACCCUGGAACAACCUGAAGAGGCUCAGCCCAGCAAGCUGCAAUUCCUACAGCCCUUUAAGCCGCUUCGAUCUGUUUUCAAGUCGAACUUGACUGCAUCGCUGCGUGCUUUGAGAUCGGCUGCCAAGUCUUUCUCGGCCAUCAACCUUCCAUCUAUCCCUCCGGACGACUUCCUGACCCGCUCGAUUCUCACCAUUGACCCUAACGUGCCCUAUGCUGAUGAACGCCGGCCACCCGUCUCGGAGGAGAUACCUUCAGCAGCGAUGCGCCGUUACUUGAACCCUACGACCAACGCACGGAUUGAGUCUCCGACAAAGACGGUAUUUGCAGGCACAUUUGCUGCUUCGAUUCAAAUGCGCACCUACAAGAUCCAGCGUUCCCGAACGGCGCCGGGAUCUUUCCGAAACGCUUAUCCAUCAACUUCGCUGCAGUCACAACCGUCACCUGCGCCUCAGCAGCCACAGCCGCAGGCCCCCACACAGACACCGCCGGGCAUGCGACAGCGCGAAAUGCGUGAAAACCCCGAUUUCAUCCGUAUCGCCGUGAUGGAGAUGGCUAUGCGCAAACGCGGAAAACUAGACGACCAAAAACCCGGCCGGGCCCGCUGGGCACUCCCCCCGAGACAGAUGUCGACAAAGCCCUACGAGGUGGCACCCAACGGAGUUCCGGUGCGGUGGAUUCCAAUCACCGCUUAA